CCAAACCCUAGUUCCGCUUUAUUUUAUAACUUUCAAAUUCCCCCUUCAAACAAACUCGCAAACAACACAUAGGAAGGAAGAGAAAACGGAUAGGAUCGAGAGAGAGAGACGCCAGAGCCCCAAUCCUCCCCGCCUAUUCCCUUUGCUUAGAGUUUCAUUUCCCAAUUUUUUAUUUGGAAUUUUCGAUUAGGGUUCCGAGGUUUUGCAAUUGAAUUCAUGGAGAGAUUGGGGUCGCCGCUGGAUACGGAGUCGUUGGGUUACGUUAGCUGGGAGGAGGUGAACGUCUCGACGAAUAGAGGGAGAAGGGAGGUUCGAUAUUACUUGAAGAGAAUGGACGGAGGAUUAGAUCUGGCCGUCGUAGGAAAAGAGAAGAGCUUGAGGCAUAUGUCUUAUCACUACGCUGUCAGGAAUAGAUCCAUUUUUUCGUCUAUGGGACCUUCUUUGAAGCUCAAGUCGCGACGAGAGGUUAUUAAUUGGCUCAACUCUAUCGUUUCAGAGUCACUGCCGCUUGAAUCAUCCCACUUAUCAGGUUCUUUGGAUAGUAGUGAUGCUUCUGAGUUGGACAUUGAAAACUUUAAGGCCACACAACAUCAGAAGCAGGGCUACCAUACAAAAGAAUUUUUAUGGUUAGGUUCUCCAUGGACAUGCCGGAAAAGACGAAGGCAUUAUCCGUCAUUUCAACGGAAUGGCUUCAAAAUUUCUGUUCAUGACUUUGUAUAUGUCUUAGCUGAGGAGGAUAAAAGGCUUGUUGCCUACUUGGAAGAUAUGUACGAGGACUCUAAAGGGAACAAGAUGGUUGUGGUACGAUGGUUUCACAAAAUUGAUGAGGUUGGUAUUUCAUUGCCUCACAAUUUUAAUGACAGAGAGAUUUUCUUUUCUCUUUGUCUUCAAGAUCUCAGUAUUGAAUGCAUAGAUGGAAUGGCUGCGGUCCUCAGUCCCCAGCAUUUUGAGAAGUUUCUUAAUGAGGCAUCACACACUAUGUUGGAUCCAUUUGUUUGCUACAAGAUGUUUGAUAAUGAAGAUGCCAAGCCCUUUGACAUUACUCAAGUCAAAGGAUACUGGAAACAAGAAAUACUUAGGUAUAUGUAUAUGGUUUCCCCUGCAAGGGAUCAGGCAAAUUCUUUGCGAAUUGAUGAUGGCCUGAAAGUGGAAGCAAAUGUCAAUGAUGAUUCUGGGACCAGACCUAGGAAGAGGCAUCGUCAAUCAAAAGAUGAUGAUGUUUAUACUGGCAGUAAAGAAUCAACAAACGCAGUGAGUGUGGAUGUGUAUAAGCAUAGCAGUUGGAUUGACCGCAAAAGUGGAAUGGAGAUAUGCAGUCUAACAGGAGGGGAAUCUGCUGCCCUUCUGUCUGGAGCAGAAGCUAAGCAAAGUCCUACUCAGCAUCUAAAAGUUGGUUCUGAAGUUGAAGUGCUUUCUCAAGAUAGUGGGAUUAGAGGUUGUUGGUUUAGAGCAUUGAUAAUUAAGAUUCACAAAGAUAAGAUGAAGGUGAGAUAUCAUGAUAUUAAAGAUGCAGAAAAUGAAGCUAAAAAUUUAGAGGAAUGGAUUUUAGCGACCAAAGUUGCAGUUCCUGAUCAAUUGGGAAUUCGGAUUUGUGGGAGGUUAAUUGUUCGCCCUCCCCAAAUGUUCAACAAGGGUCGAUUAUCAUGGGAUUUAGAUGUUGGGACUGCUGUUGAUGUUUGGUGGCAUGAUGUUUGGCAGGAGGGCAUUGUUGUUCAUAAGGAAUCUGAAGAUAGAUUUUGUGUCUAUUUCCCAGGAGAAAAGCAAAAAUCAGUCUUUAGCCGUGCUGAUGUGAGACUCUCCCAAGAAUGGUUGGGAAAUGGGUGGAUGCAUAUUAAGGCCAGGCCAGAUAUUGCGCUUUCUGUAUCAUCUAUCUCAGAAACAAAGCAAGUUGUCAAAUCUGAUGAGAACAAAUUGAUUCAAACUGCCAUUUCUGAAACUACACAAUCAGUAAAAAGAAAACCUGGAUGUAGUGAUUAUUCGUCAGAUUCUGGAAGUGAUGUGGGAAGAGAAUCAGUUGUGGUUCCAGAUCUUUCAAAAGAUAGUUACCUAGCCCAGUUAAGGUGGAACGCAUCAAAGAAGAGAAGACGUGGUAGUGUGAGCUCUGGCCAGAGAAUGCGUAAUAAAAAAGAUGGCAAUGAGAGCUCAACACCAGUUGUUGGUUCCAACGCCUGUGAGAGAUUUAUGCUUUCAAUGACUCGCAAAGUUGAUCAUGAGAAUUGCAAGUAUAUGGGGGAUUCUCUGUUUAGUACUGCUGUUGCACAGCCUCUAACAAGCUUGGUUAUGUCUAGGUGAUAGGUACCUUUUUGGUGGGAAGCGUCACGAUCCAUUUCUGUAAUUAUAUAACCCCUCGGGUUUUCUGGUUUAUGUUUUUCAUUGGUAUACAUGUUUCGUUGUGCACGCACUUGAUGCACUUAGGCUUAGCCCGCUCACAGAUGCCAUGACAAGAAGUGUACCUAUUAACAUCCAAGUCCUCUCACUGCCGAUACAUUUAACAAUAGCCUGUAGGGGGUUUAGCUGUUUAGGAGCUCCACAAAUUUCAGGCAGCAAUUUUGGAUGAUCCCAGUUCUUGACCUGCACAAUUUGUGCACCAUUAGGAAUGGUGCUCUAGGAUUUCAGCUUGUAAUUUGUAUAUAAUCUCUUUGGUAAUAAAAUUUAUCUUUCUACCUUUC